CCAAAACCGCAAAUCCCUAAUUUCGUAUUUAUCGUCUUCGUUCACAAAAAUCGAAUAUUUCACCUGAAAAUUUUGCAACCGCGGAGCAAAAAUGAUGAGACUUGCGGCGAAGAGGCUUCUCCAAGGCGGCCGUCUGGGGUCACCGGAGGCUCAGUCGCCAGCGGUCCUGGGCCUGCCACGUAUGUACCACGAGAGGGUGGUGGACCACUACGACAACCCCCGCAACGUCGGAUCGUUCGAUAAGAAUGAUCCGACGGUCGGUACGGGGCUCGUCGGCGCGCCAGCCUGUGGCGACGUGAUGAAGCUCCAGAUUAAGGUCGAUGACAGCACGGGAAAGAUUGUUGAUGCCUGCUUCAAGACCUUUGGGUGUGGAUCGGCCAUUGCUUCUUCUUCUGUCGCUACGGAAUGGGUGAAGGGGAAACAAAUGGAGGAAGUCCUGACUAUUAAGAACACAGAGAUUGCAAAACAUCUUUCCCUACCUCCGGUUAAGCUUCACUGCAGCAUGCUCGCGGAGGAUGCCAUCAAGGCAGCUGUUAAAGACUAUCAAGCCAAGCAAACCAAAUCAAGUGGCAGUACAGAGGUAUCUCCUGUGGAGAAGGCUGCCAAUGCUUGAUUUUUCUCAUAUGAAAUGAUGAUGAAAAAUUAGAGUGGCCGGUUUUCUACCUGUCCGAUGUUUACUAGAUGUUUUAAUAAUACGGUUGUACUGGAUGAGACUAGCGUCCGUCGAUCCGUAUUUUUUCUAUUUGUGUUCUUCUUUUCUCGUGGAAUUGCAGCUGUAUGAACAAACAAGCUUUUUGGGUACAUAUGAAAGAUGGUUUUUAUGUGUU